UUGUCAUUCACUAGUAAAGUCUCUUGUGAAGGUGAGCUGCUCUCUUUAGAGUCUAAAAUUCAGGGGAAAGUUUUACUAAAAUUGUCGUCGUUAAGGGUUAAACUAUAAAAAUAUGUCAUCGUCGGACGCCAGGCUUCGUUCAACAUCGGCUGGUUACCGUUUCCCAGAAGCAAGUUGGAGAACAUCGUCGAGUUUUUACCACGAGAAAUGUACACCAAAAUCUCUCAAAGAACGCGYGAAAUCAGCUCCCCCAAGAACUUAUUCUCAAAGAGAAUAUGCUAAAUGUGAUGUUGUCCGCGAAGAUGAACGAUGGAAGAAUCAAUGUAGAAAUGAAAUUAAAAUGGUUCGAAAAUGGGAACAAAAUUGGGGAUUUUUAGCAGAUUACGACCAAAAGGGCAGAUUAAAGCAAAAGAAAGAACUUCCAACAGCUGUUUCAAUGUUUUCUGAUAAAACAGCAAAUACAACAAAUCAACACAUUGGACGUCGUGUAAAGAGUGCUCCUGCUCAGUCAAUGGCGCGUCUUGAGAGACUCACUAAUUAUAGAAUACAGAGAAACAAAGAAUUGUUUAUCAGUGAAUAGUAUGCACAGAGUUCAAACCAUGCAAUAUACUGGACUGCCAACACUGCAGCAGAUUGUCGACAAUAUUGGUAUGCCAACAUUAAUCAGUGAUGAAAAUCUUCAUAUGUAAGAUCAUAGCAAGAAGCUCAACACAUCUUGUGACCAUGCAGAACAAAGAAUCAACAUUCUGCAAGAAAUAAAUUGCUGUAUAACAAGACGUCACAAAUAUAAAAGUUCAUCAGUGCAAGUAAUGAAUUCACCUAUUUUCAAGUGGAGGCAGUUAUUGACAAGAGAGAUAAAAAAAAUGACUAAUCCAUGAUCACGCCCCUAAUCCACUUGUUGCACUUAAAAAAUAUGAACAAUUUGUAGACUAUUACAACUGAGUAGUUAUUAGAUAUUUGUUUAAAAUCAGUUAAGUCAUUAGAUAUUUGUAUUAAGUCAGUGACUUAAAUUAAAAAAAGCUGAAAGUUCAUUGACAUUUUUGUUUGUUUUUAUUUUGACACAAGCUAUUUUAUGUAUGUUUAUCCUCAGGAACUGAAUUGUUCCAACUAUAAAUAAUGGGAACUAGUGUGAACUUCAUCAGUAUUAAAAAUAACAACGCCUAGUAGGCAAACUAAGAAUCAUUCUUGUACCCAGAUCCUUCUCAGUUUUCAUAAGCUCUGAAUGGAGUCAGACAAUAGUGGAAGAUCCAGAAUCUGGACCAUAUGAUAUGAUGGAUGGGGAGUUUUUGAACCAAUCAAAUCUAAGACUCAUUUGUCUCCAACCAGCUAGAGACUUCAACUUUCCAUGGAGAAACUGAGAAAGAACUGGGUACAAGAAUGACUAGGAAGUCAGCACAUGUAAUAGAAUUGCAAUCAAAUUUAUGAAAGUGCAGUUUUCUGAUUCAAUAACUUAAACAUCUGAUGCCGGUUGUACAAAGGGUGAAUAAACUUAUCCAUUCAGACAUA